GGUGACUGCUGUGGCACAGUCAGUCGUUGGACAAGACCACAGGUACGCCGUCACGGUCUGGUAGAAAGCCGACUACCGGGUUGCAUCGGGCACCUGCAGCCUGAACAAGAUGUCCAACGAAAGGACUUUCUCCUUCGAAAGCCAUGACGAACACUCCAUGCAGCUGCAACAGCAAGAACAACCGCCAUACGACGUCUCCAACACCGACAUACUACCUCCUCCUCCGCCUUACGCAUCUCCUCCAUCGCAACAGCACCCAUCUCCUGCCUCUCCUCCGACCUCCUCUAGACGGCGUCCUAUUCCUCCAGACACUCGUUUGUUGAGUGACCUCACUCCUACAAGAAGCGGCUCAAGACAACAGAUACCUCGUGAUCUUGAAGAUAUCCCGCCUCCACCCCCUCCUCACAGAACUAGUCCGAACCGCCUCUUAAGAGAAGGAUCUGCGUUCUCACAACCUUACCAAUCAUACUCGGAUGUCACACCAGGAAUGGACAACCAUGUACCUGAAGUGCCAGGAGCGCAACUCUACUCAAUAGGGCAGGGUGUGGCAGGUCGUAAUCCACGUGAAAGCGGCGUGGAAGCCAUGCGCUCGGGCCUAAGGUCUCAUUCACCGUACCAAAGCGAUUCACGGGACUCAAGCCCAUACGGCAAAGGACGGCCUCUCUCGCAACUGCCGCAAAGAAACUCCUUUGGUUCACCAUUCGCUCUUGCUGCUGGAGCUGCCACGCCUGGUUGUAGCACGCCGACUGGUCGCCCAAGUCCCAGGUCAUCCGCCCUGUCCAGCAGCAAUAUUCCGAUGGACCAUUACGCCUCAAACCUGAGCCUUGAGAUGCCUUACUCUGACCAGCGUGAUGGCCCCUACCGAACACCUUACAACACGUCGUUGGAUUCCGCAAAUAUCAUGAAUCAGGCUAGCAUCAACCCGCAUAACAUUCUGGAUGAUGGAGAUGAUGAACAACACAAUGCAGAACAACAAACGACUCAACCUAAAAGCCAUGGUAACCUAGGGCCUACUGCAGCCGCCGCUGCCACUGGAGGUGCGCUUGCAGGAUUGUUCGGCAGGAAGUCUAGGAAGUACACUCCGAACGGUACAUACGACGCUGUCGGCUCCAGUUCAAAAGCAGAAAAGAGUGAAUGGCUAGCACGGCAGACUCAGGGGAAGAAGAGGAUGAGACUGUUGAUUGGACUGGCAAUAGUGCUCGUCACCGUCCUAGCCAUUGUUGGUGGCGUUGUUGGCGGCGUACUUGGGAGUCAAAACUCAAAGAAAUCCACUUCCAGCAGCAGUUCAGACACCAACAACGCUGCUGGAGACACAGCCGCCAAUGGAGAUCUCGACAAGAAUUCGGCCGAGAUCCAGGCACUGAUGAAUAACAAGAACCUACACAAGGUCUUUCCAGGAAUAGACUACACGCCAUGGGGAACUCAAUAUCCGUUGUGUUUCACUUAUCCUCCAUCUCAAAACAACGUCACACGAGACAUGGCAGUCCUUUCCCAGUUGACUAACGCUGUCCGUCUCUAUGGCACCGACUGCAAUCAGACCCAGAUGGUCCUCCAUGCCAUUGACAGACUAGAGCUGACAGACAUGAAAGUGUGGAUGGGAGUCUGGAUUGACACAAAUCAAACUACCACUGAUCGACAGCUACAACAAAUGUACGAGAUCUUGGCCAACACUACUGAUUUAUCGAUCUUCAAAGGUGUCAUUGUUGGCAAUGAAGCUUUGUAUCGCGCAGGUGUGGACAAGGCGCAAUCGGAGCAGGAACUGAUUGAUAUCCUGAACGAGGUCAGAUCAAAUUUCUCCAGCAAGAGCUACGAUCUCCCCAUUGCCACCUCUGAUUUGGGAGACAACUGGAACGCUCAAUUGGUUACCGCCGUGGAUUACGUGAUGUCCAACAUUCACCCAUUUUUCGCUGGUGUGACGCCCGACGUGGCUGCCAGCUGGACGUGGGACUUUUGGCAAACUCAUGAUGUCGUCUUGACUCAAGGCACGUCCGUCAAAAACCUCAUCAGUGAGACUGGUUGGCCAAGUGGAGGUGGUGAAGAUUGUGGUGGAAGUACUGGCGCAUGCACCACGGGACAGAGCGGUUCCGUGGCCAAUGUCACUGGCAUGAACACUUUUAUGGACAACUGGGUCUGUCAGGCCUUGGAGAAUGGGACCGAGUACUUCUGGUUCGAGGCUUUUGAUGAACCCUGGAAAGUCAUCUAUAAUACAGCCACGGAGCAGUGGGAAGACAAAUGGGGUCUCAUGGAUCCGGGCAGGAACUUGAAAACUGGUCUUCAGAUACCUGAUUGCAAUGGGAAGACUGUUGGGUCUUGAUGGGGUCAAGUCUUUGGUUUCGAGCUGCCUUAUCAGCCGUGACGGAUACUAAUAAUGGUCACAAAUGACCUUGGAGGCAUUGUACAGAUGGAUGCAUUAUCAUCGGUGGUCUGGAGGACACUUCUUUUUUCUGGAUGCGUAUCAGCGUGUUCAUGCAGCACCGGAGCAAGUUUACCCACUUGGGCUUUUUUGGGAAUGGCAGCAUCAGGUCAUAUAUUGAGCAUGCUUGAGCAUUCCAUGGGUGACGAUUGGUGCUGAGGAUA